UAAAAAACAAGAGAAAAUAUGGGUAUCGUCAAAACCCUUAGAAUUCAGAAAACAACAAUCCCAAACGGCGAAGGCCAGGCAAAGUAUGCGAGAUUUCCCCCAAAUCUCAGAACUCCCAUUGCCAUCGCUUCCUCUAAUAAUCUUUCUAAACUAUUUAAUUCAAAGAAAAAUUCUCUAUUAUCCGAUAUCAAGAGAUUCCGUGAUCUAAAUCGAUUCAUCAACCAUAAUGGCUGGUCAGAAGAAUAGUUAUGGAAAGCGGUCUCAUUCUCAGUCUGACUAUGAUAAUGGGGCAAAUAAAAGGGGAAAUUCUGGUGAUGAUAGAGACCAUUUUGCCAUUGAUUCACAAGAUACUGUAUUUCGCUACUUGUGUCCUGCUAAGAAGAUUGGAAGUAUAAUUGGAAGGGGAGGCGACAUUGUCAAGCAAUUAAGGAUAGACACAAAGUCAAAGAUUAGGAUUGGCGAGACAGUUCCUGGUUGUGAAGACCGUGUCGUUACUAUCUACAGCACUAGUGAUGAGACUAAUGCCUAUGAAGAUAGUGGUAAUUAUAUUUCUCCUGCUCAGGAUGCUCUGUUCAGGGUGCAUGAUAGAGUUAUUGCAGAAGACUUGCAUGAUGACGAUGACUCUGCGGGAGGUCAUCAAGUCACUGCUAGGCUUCUUGUACCAUCUGAUCAGAUAGGAUGUAUUAUUGGAAAAGGUGGACAAAUAGUUCAAAACAUUCGUAGCGAGACUGGUGCACAUAUUCGCAUUCUCAAGGAUGAACAUCUGCCAACUUGUGCAUUGAGCACAGAUGAACUAGUACAGAUUUCUGGUGAAGCUGCAGUUGUCAAAAAGGCUUUGGAUCAGAUUGCUUCUCGCCUUCAUGAGAAUCCAUCACGUUCUCAACGCUUGCUUUUUUCUGCUGCCCCCAGUGUGUACUCUGCUACUGGUUCAUUAAUAGGUCCAACUGCUGGUACACCAAUUGUUGGGAUAGCUCCACUGGCGAGUUCAUAUGGAGGAUACAAAGGUGAUGCUGGAGAUUGGUCACGCUCAUUGUACUCAGCUCCAAGAGAUGAACUUUCUUCAAAAGAAUUUUCUCUCCGCGUGGUUUGUCCAACUGGGAAUAUUGGUGGUGUAAUCGGAAAAGGUGGUGCCAUCAUCAAUCAGAUCAGACAGGAAUCUGGGGCGCUUAUCAAAGUUGAUAGUUCAACAGUUGAAGGAGAUGAUUGCUUGAUAACUAUUUCAGCCAAGGAGUUCUUUGAUGACCAAUAUUCUCCAACUAUAGAAGCAGCAUUGCGUUUGCAACCGAGAUGCAGUGAGAAAAUUGAAAGAGAUUCAGGCCUCAUUUCAUUCACUACACGCCUACUGGUGCCCACCUCAAGAAUUGGUUGUCUCCUUGGUAAAGGUGGAACAAUUGUAAAUGAGAUGAGGAAACUUACCAAGGCUAAUAUUCGCAUACUUGGCAAGGACAACCUUCCCAAGGUGGCAUCUGAAGAUGAAGAAAUGGUGCAGAUAUCUGGAGACAUUGAUGUUGCUAAAGAUGCUCUCAUACAUGUAAGUCGACGGUUAAGAGCAAAUGUUUUUGAUAGGGAAGGUCCUGUGUCUGCAUUUCUGCCUGUUCUCCCAUACUUUCCUGUCUCAGCCGAUAGUUCAGAUGGCUUAAAUUAUGAUAGCAGAGAUAGUAAAAGACAUGGACGUGGGCAUUCUUAUUCUGGUGGCUAUGGCUCUAGUGACUACGCUGCUGGUGAUAGUUAUGGUGCUUAUGGUAGUUCCCAGAUUGGUGGUAGUGGAGGUGCUUAUGGAGCUUAUGGAAACUAUUUGUCAGGACGAUCUAGUACCGCUGGGUUAUCUGGCCAGACCCCUGGUUCUGGACGCAAAAACAAUUACUAGAUUUUGAUGAUGGCUAUGUGCAGCUGAGAUCCAUGAAGCCCGAUGCCAGCCUACUACUGCCUCUUUUGAUGAAGCCUCCUGCCCAAAACUGGACGACCAGAUGUACCAGGGUUUGACAUAUUCAUGGUCCACCUUGACGAUCUCACCUAAAAGGACCAAAUCUAUUUGAAGAUCCUGAUUUUGACUAUUGAAAUUUGUCAUGUCCCUGACACAAAUUACCAAGGCUCUACAUAUUGUGCUCCUAAAAACCUUUUUAGCUCGCAUUCCUUUGUGGCUCUGUUUUUUAAUGGAACAUAACGUCAAUAGUACAAAACCAAGUUGCUUCCGUCCUUUGACAGUUGUACUAAUAGUGUCUGUUUUAUCUACAAGUCUCCACUAUAUUAAGUUUAAAUUUGGAAUUUAUAGCGGAUUUUAUCGCUUGAAAAUUUGGCUAGUUAUAAUGAAAUGCUGCAGAACUCUAAUGUUGUCUGAAUUGCAGGUUUGAUAUUCAUCUAUUGCAUCAUCAAUAAAAGGUAGUAAAUUUGUCCUUGUUAUAGUUUUUAGCUGAGUAGCAUCUCUGUGGAGGAAAAUGUAACUGGAAUAAUUGCAUUUAGACAAACAAGUUUAAUUAAUUGUGAGAACGCUUAUGUUUGUUUUAGCUAUCAACUUCAUUUGACCAUACGUUUGAUUGAAGUGCCAGAAACAUCAUAUCUUACAGCACGCCUCUUCUGGUAAUAUUAUUCAAGUUGUAGUGAUUAGAUAAGAUUUCUUCUUUUUUUGCUUUUCUAGUUAUUUAUUUUAUUGAUCGAAUUUGUGAGGUGUAAGUAUGGAGGUAUGUGGUGAAGAAUGACAGUAGAAUGCACCUGCUUCUAUUUUGAACUUCGAAGAUAUGGAGGGACACGAAGAAAAAAAAAAGGGGUGCAUUCAACCAUUUCAUCCAUAUUUACACCCCAUAAUUGCUUCCAUGUCAAUGGCCGUAUUUGUUAAUAAUUUAUUCGGUUCUCUGCAUGCUUUAAAGAACUUCUGUAUUUGCAGUAGUAUCAUCCUGAUUUGCAUUCGUAAAUUCCAUCAUCAAGUUUUUUUGUUAGUGAUGGGUUAUGUAGCAGAAGGGAGAAAAAGGAUGAAAAUUUCUAGGGUUUCUGUUGGGGAACUAUCCUGCAUUUGCCAGGUAAAGUUUGGAGGUGCUAUGUGAAACCUGAAAGGUGUGUUGCAUGUCACUUUGGUGGAUAUUCUUGAGAUUCUCUUUGAGGCUGGUCAGUUCUGUUUGGAAGGUUGAAUCUGAUUUGUUAAAUGGCACCGUGGUAGGUUAUUUGCUUGUGAUAUUUUCGCGUGAGGUGGAUGGUAGAUGAGCAUGGCUCUGAUGGAUUAUUUUUGUCUUAUGUCCAAUUUGGACAGGUUUUAUUGUCGGCUGGCGAAUCAUAUGGUUGGUAAAAUUAGCAGGUGGAGCACAAGCACUUGCUGUUUUAGCUGCCAGAAUUAACCUCCCUCCAUGCUUUAUACUUUGUAUGCCAUGCCUCUGUAUUAAAGCACAUUCUGAGACUUUUGAUGGUUCAUUAACUGAAAUAUCAAAUAUUAAUAUCUAUACUAGUUGAUGUGCUUAUGAAA